AUGGAAUCCCUUGUUGGUCCAUUAGGCCCUCGUUUGAAUCCUGUUGUGAUUGGCAUGCUGCCACCUGGUCUCCCUCCACCGUUUCCACCACCGGUUCACGGCAGAUUUGCUCAUUUUUUGCCUGGAAUGCCCCCUCCUCAAGCGCCCCAACAACCUCCCAUGACACAUAGUUUACCACCUUCUGAGCCUUUGGAUGCCGGAAGCAGCCUUUCCCACACACCAGAUAGUGAACAAGAGGCAAGUAGAGCAUUGCAGCUCGAUAUGAUUACUUAUAGUCAUUGUUGA